AUGAAGGUCUCUACAGCACUCCUGGCCGCCGCCUCUGCGGUGUCGGCGUCGCCGAUUGUCAAUGAAACGUGGCACGCCUUCGACGCCCGUGCUGCCGACGCCACAUCGGUCAUCAUCCCACGCAACGGUUACGCCGACAUCGCUGUCAGCACCCACAACACGCACCGCCAGAAACACUCGGCUCCCCCCAUGUCAUGGAACGCCGGCUUGGCCGGUUACGCCGGUGCUGUGGCGUCCUCAUGUGUAUUUGCGCACAAUCUGGGCCCCGGUGGCGGCGGCUACGGUCAGAACCUUGCUGUGUCCGGCUCGAGCGCCGACAUUACCAACGCCGACCCCAACACGUUUCUUACCCAAGCCGUCACGAGUAUGUGGUACGACGGCGAACUGCCCUUGUACCCGGGCUACGGCCAGCCGACCCCCGACAUGUCCAACUUUAGCAAAUGGGGCCACUUCUCGCAGCUCGUCUGGGUGGCCUCGACGGAGGUUGGCUGUGCGACGCACUACUGCCCGGCAGGCACCAUAUUCCCGGCGCUCAACUCAUGGUACACUGUCUGCGACUACAAGGCCGCGGGCAACGUGGCCUCACAGUACGGCAAAAAUGUGCUGCCGCCGCAGGGUAUGUGA